UUGCCCUUCCAGGUAAAAAACCAGCCAAUCAUCGACUACAACAAUACUUUGCGCGUGUUCCCCGAGAUCACCUGGUUUAUAAAGCAAAGGAAAAACGCGAAAUUUUAAAACCAUUAUCGACAAAAAUCGAUCUUAUAUUUUAUUCACUGGCCAUCGAUACUACCGAUGUUUGACAACUGUAGUCCCCUGUCUGAACGUGCAAAAUGCGAGCCAGAUAACAUAUCAAUCUAAUAUUACAAAAUACCGACCUCUGGUUUGAAAUCGGAGCUCUUUGUUUCUCCAAACCAAUUCAAACGCAACCACACAGAAUAUCUUGGCAUUUUUUAAAAUUCGAUUUCAACGAAGCAAGAACUUUAACAGUGAUGUAGUAUUUACUGUACUUGAGCGAAGGAGUUCUGCAGGUAUAACGUGUUGCAGAAUGAAAAUAACAUUUUUCCAAGAAUCAUCUAGAAACAAUAAGCUACGACAAGACGGAACAGCUUAGAGAGCAGAGGAUUCAAUAUAUUCUUCAAAAUGACAACAAUGAUCAGAAAAGUAUGGCGAUCUCUGACAAAACCGGUAUUUCACGUCAUAAUGGACAAAGCCGACAACACAAGUAAAGAUGUCAUUGCAGGACAAACAACACAGAUUUGCACCAUAACGAUAUACCUUCACGMGGAUCGGAAACUAGGGAAACAUCAGAGAGAAGUUAAAUUUCCUCGUCUUAUUAUUGAKGAAGUCCCUGGUGUUGACAUAAGUUUUGGUGAUAAAAUUCAACAUGGCAGAGAAGCAUUGGAGAUAGGUGUGUUCGUUCGCGCCACUACAUGCGGCAGAUAUUGUAUAACUCCCAGGUUUCUUGAAAAAAAGUACAAUUUUAAGCUGAAUAACAUCACGCCUGUUGAUUUUGAAGUGAGACCAGCGCAGUUGCAUUCUCUAGAGCUAUUCAAAAUAGGGUCAACCAGAAGUCAAAGAGAAAUGUACCUAGGCAGCAGCGUUUAUCGCGGCUGUCAAACAGAAAUUUGGUUAAAAGCCAAAGACAAAUUUGGAAACCCAACGAUCUUAGACGAUGAAUUCAAGAUAUCCUCAGACAGCUCAAAAUACGUGACGCUAAUUUCGACUACUCCUGAUAUUGAGUUUGGAAACUAUCUUGUCACGCUUCUGUGUAAUGAAGUUGGAAGAUUUUCUUUUGAUCUAUUAUUGUCAAAUACUGAUAUGAAGCUCGAGGUAAAUGAUUUUGAAGUCCUUCUUCCUCCUGUAUCGCCAACAAAUUCAUAUGUAGUUCACACCAUAGAGGUAAACACGAGCCAGGAAAAAAGUCUGAAGGCUGGAAAAGUGAUAACAAGUGAAUUAUUCCUCUACGACAUUUUUGGAAAUCAAAUAUCCUGUGAGGAAAGCAAAGGUUUUUUCGAUGGAAUUCGUCUUGUUUGUUGUGAUGUUAUGACAUCAACUGGUUUCCAUUCUCCACACGUGUUUUCCACUUCAACUCCAACAAAGGAAACCAAGAAGGAAGAAGAUUCUUUAAAGGUGUGUACUGCAGAGUCAGAUAGCAACGCCUGUGUCGUGAAAUUCACGCCCCUAAUAACAGGAAAGAGGUUGUUGUCAUUGAACGUAGAUGGUAAAGAAAUAAAGAACUCUUCCAUCAAGUUAACCGUCCAACCUGGUCCUCCACAUGAAGUAGACAUCCUCAGUCAGGAACCCUCUUCGUUGAGCGUUUAUCGAAGUCGUACAGCUAAAAUCUGGGUGACUGUCAAAGACGAAUUUGGAAAUCAACAUACUGGAAGUGAUGUAAGUUUUAAGGUGCUUUCCAAAGGUUCGUUUGUCACGUUGCUGUCGUUCACAUAUGACCCAGAGAAAGGAGGCUACGUUGUCAUAGUACGUGGUGAUAAAACUGGUAAAACAUCAUUUGACUUGAUUGUCUCACGACACAACCGUGAAGUAGUAAAGUGUAUCUCAUUGGAAGUCAUCACUCCGCCUGUAUCUGGGUCAAACUCGUAUGUUCUCAAAGUUGAUAAAAGACAGAAUAGCAUUCUGAAGGUUGGAGAAGCCAUGGAACUCGCAUUAAUGCUCCACGAUAUUUUUGGUAAUAAAAUAUCCUGUGAGGAAAGCAAAGGAUUUCUUGAAAGGCUUCGUCUUAUCUGUUGUAAGGUUAGGGCAUCAACGUGUUUCCUCUCUCCACACGUGAUUUCCACUUCAACUUCAACAAAGAAAAGCAAGAAGGAAGAAGAUUCUUUAAAGGUGUGUCCUGUAGAGUCAAAUAGCAACGCUUGUGUCGUGAAAUUCACGCCUCUAGUAACAGGAAAGAGGUUGUUCUCGUUGAACGUACUUGGGGAAGACAUAAAGAACUCUUCCAUCAAGUUAACCGUCCAGCCUGGUCCUCCACAUGAAGUACAAAUCCUCAACCGGGAACCCUCUUCGUUGAGCAUUUAUCGAAGUCGUACAGCUAAAAUCAAGGUGACUGUCAAAGACGAAUUUGGAAAUCAGCUUACUGGAAGUGAUGUAAGUUUUAAGGUGCAUUCCAAAGGCUCGUUUGUCACGUUGCUGUUUGUCACACAUUACCCAGAGAGUGCAAGCUACGUUGUCACAGUACGUGGUGAUAAAACUGGUAAAACAUCAUUUGACUUGAUUGUCUCACAAGACAACCGUGAAGUAGUAAAGUGUAUCUCAAUGGAAAUCAUCACUCCGCCUGUGUCUCAUUCUAACUGUUACAUCCCUCAGAAUGACAUUGAAACUCUACAAAAAACGAUCCAUAAAUCUGGCAAAGUCAUAACAUUUCAGYUAAAGCUAAUUGAUAUUUUUGGAAAUCCGAUUGCCUUUGAAGAAAGAGGUAAUUUCCCAGAAAAUGUUCGCCUUGUCUAUCUUCAUGAUGAGCUUCCUGGCUGGUCGAGCUCGGACGGGAACAACAGAAGGAAAAAAACUUCUUUAAGAGUCCGUCGUUGUGAAUUUGAUUCUUGUGAGCUCGGGUUUACACCAUUAAAAGCUGGAAAAAGAUGGUUCUUUUUAGAAAUAGCUGGGGAAAUGUUGAAGAACUCUAAAAUGAGGCUUGCUAUUUUACCAGUGGAGGGACAAAAUGUGGAGUUAGAUUUCGAAGAAUCUUAUGCCUGUGGAACUUCUGGAGAUAAAGUUCGUACAAUUUCUUUCAAACAAGACAAUUACAUUGAAUUCUACGAGCAUCAUAGGAACAUUCUGUGCAAGGGCGUCUCAAGAAGAGAACUUGUUGGUGCUGACAAGGCAAAUAUCAAAAACAUUAACCGCGUCUUAGAGAAAGAAUACCCGGAUUGCAAACUAUCUAACGACAUGAUAACCCGAGAUUACGUAAGACUUGUGUUGUUUGACCUCAGUAAUUUUCCAGAGGCUGCAGCUUUGAAAGUCUUGGAGCUUUUGUCGCUUCUGGUUGGGAGUGAACAUUGUAGGAGUCAAGCGAAUGAGAUGGGCGAUCAGAGAGAAAAAUGGCAAGAGGAAGAACAACAAGCAAUUCUUGAUGAAAAUAGCAGAGAAGCCAAAGAGUUUAGGGUCGUGAAACUCGAGUGCGGGAGGUUAAUGAAUGAAAAUAAUGAGAAAGCGUCCGAUUUCAUUUUUAAAUUUUACAACUAUGGUCGCCCUCAAAGUGAGAUUGAUCUUCAUGGACAACGUGUCGCAAAUGCUGAGAGACUAAGAGAGCUACGAGCAAAGCUUCUCAGGGAAAAUAAAACCGAGGCGCAGGUGCAAGAGAUAAUCGAAAAACAGCGACAAAAAAGGGACGAAGCUAUCCGUAAACUAGAUGAAAGAAUAAGAACUUUUGAUCACGAGAAGGCAAAAAGAGAUGGUGAAGAUUGGCUGGAGAUAAUAGACGGGGCAGGACAUCAUUCAGCAACUAAAGGCCAGCAAAAAAUAAGGCCAAAAGUAAAGGAAUAUCUUAAAAAGAAGARCAUUAAGUACGUGGAGGCGAACGAAGGAGCACUGCUAGUUACUUUCUCUGAAUACACUGGACAACAGCCAUGCGUGGGAAACUUUUACUGUACAAAAUGCAAGAAGGGAUGGACCAGCAUUUCAAGUUGGCAAGGGUUUUAUCAGCUAUGCAACAAGUGUUAUGCCAAGGGAACCGAGUCCAAUUGUUUACCAUUCAAACUGAGAUCUACACUCCCCCCAAAACGACAAGGGGGUGAAUUUACUCGCCAAGAUCACAGAAGACUGUGUGAAAAGUGUAUUCAACUAAAGAAGGACUGUAGACGAAAGAAAUGAUUGCCAAAAUAGGCAAUCAGCUGAGAUUCACUGUGAUGCUGGAAUGGUAAAUCCUGCAAGCAUUGAGUACGCCAAUGAGAAAAAAUCUAAAACAAUACUACUAUACAAUACUACUAUACUAUGUCUAAUCUUUGCGUACAUAUUUACGGUGUUCAAUUUAUCUAUAGAGAAAAAAUAUCGCUCUGGGAUCCUCACGA